AUCAAACCACACCGUGAGACAACGCCAAAAUCUUGAAAGGAACCAUGAUUAGAUGCAUUGUUGAGUUCAUUGGAGUCCUAAAACAUAUCUUAUGUGAUCAAUCAAGAAGUUUUUUAAUAAACGAUAAACUCAAUGUUGCUGAACGAAUUAUCAUAAUUCUCACUAGUGACAAGCGAGUCUAACAUGCAUUAUGCCCAAACUAGGGACUCAACUGCAAGAAGUGAAGUGAGGCACCAGCAAGCAGUGCGUCGACCUUCCUUUCCGGCUUCUCACGUCAUUUAUCACUUGAUGGGUGUACAAAAUCAAUAGAGUAAAAAUGGAGAUAAAGGAUAGUAUAAAGUUGUAUCAUGUUCAGUUACAGUAUGAAGAAAACCUAUGGUGAAUAACAUUUUUAGUUAUUUUUUUUCUUCUUUAGUUCCAAAAAUCACAUUUUCUUUAUCAUGAAUGAACCCACAUGGAAACAUUAACGCAUAGUCGCAUAGAUGUAGACAUGCCUCACUUUGUGUUUGAAUAAACACCACACAUCAGAUUUUCCCAAAAAAAUAUCAAUCAUAUCUCUGAAUAUAUCGAAGUCAAAUUAUUUACAAUCUCCGACAUUAGUUCCAAGCAAAAACCAUGGCCAAAAAUCAUCAGCUAGUUCAAACCAAAGCACAAGAAAAAAUUGUGCAUAUACCAAUCAAUAUGGAGCACGAUUCAACAACACUCAUAAACCAAACAGGAAACUCAAACCAGAAAUCCAACCAUUGGCCAACAAUUAUCCUCUGCAUCGUCUUCGUUAUCACUGGUCAAUCCAUAGACAAAAUCCUCGAAAACUUCUACUAUGACCAGCUCCAACGAAUGGACUACAACUCAAACCGCCAAAACGACGGCGUAUGGACUCAAUCUCUCCUCCAAACCGUUGGAUUCCCUCUCCUCCUCGUCCCUUUAUAUAUCUUCACCACCAAGAAACACAACCAACAACAACCUCCGAUCACCUCCUCCGAUCCAUCCACAACAAGAUUAGUACUUUCUUUCUCCGGUUGCAUUGGAAUGCUCUUGGCGGGUCAUGGGAGUCUCUCCGGUAAGGGAAAGCUCGAUAUCCCCUUUAGGGUAUUCACUCUUAUCUACACAACACAGCUCUUCUUCACACCUGUUUUCGCCGCCUUCAUCAACAAAACCAAAUUCAAUCGAUGGAUCAUCAUCUCCUUGAUCUUGGCAAUCGCCACCGGAACUCUCACUUCCUUCUCCUCCUCAUUCGGCGGCAAGCCAGAUAAAACAGAGGAGAGUUACGCAAAAGGCUCAUGGCCAGCUCUUUUAUCCGGCGUUUACUUCUCACUCGUCCUCUGUACUAUAGAAAACGUCUUCAGACGUACCGAAUCAACCACUAGAAAACAGAGCUUCUCCUCUGUUUUUCUAGUCGUAAUCUCCUCCUCCUUCGUCGCUACAGUCAUCUCCGUCGUCGGUUUACUGAUCUACGGAGAGAAACACGAUUUGAAGAGGGAAAUGAACGAAUUCUUGAAGGGGAAAGGUGCGUACGUGAUGACUAUGGUGGUUCAAGCUGUUUCGUGGCAGAUCUACUGGGUCGGGAUCGUGGGACUCGUUUUCUCCGUCUCGAGCGUUUUAUCAAAUGUGAUCAGCGUUAUUACGUCGCCGAUCGUGUCGGUUCUGGUGGUCAUCUUCUUCAAUUUCAUGAACGAUGAGUUUGAUGUCUUCAAAGGUGUCGCCUUGAUCACGGCUGCUUUGAGCGCCGCAGCUUACUUAUAUAGGUUUCACAAAGAGAAUCGUAACUAAUGACGUGGAAGCAAAGAUUUCAUGGUAUUAUACUAUUAUUUGUGUGUGUGUGUGUGUAAUGUGUUACCUCUAAAUGUAUAUUUUAUUCGUGAAUUGUAAGUCUUUAGCUUCAUGAGAGGACCCGUGAUGAGGACAAGCCUUCGUGUAGCCUUUAAGCCUUUUCACGCUUCACAUGGAGAUUUGUUUCUCUCUGCCUCUCUUGUUUGAAGUUUGGUAAAUGAUUCAGCUAUAUUGUACGUAAAGAUGAUUAAACCAAAAAACAACCUUAUGUGA